CUUUCCAAUAAUGAGUUCACCAAAGACACUUGAGGCUAUCCAAUAUACUAGAGGUGACCUUCGUAUAUUAAACCAGCUUGUAUUGCCUCAUGAAACCAUCUUUGAGACCGUAUUGAAUAUCCAAAACGGACAUUCUGCUAUCAAAACCAUGAAGACUCGAGGUGCACCAGCUAUUGCUAUCGUGGCUGCUUUAUCUUUAGCAGUUGAUAUCAAUACUCGUUUUGAAAAAGAUGAAUUUACUACAGUAGAUCAAGUUGUUCAGUUCGUUCAAGAAUCUUUGGAAUACUUGAAGACGUCUCGACCUACCGCUGUCAACUUAUUUGACGCCGCUGCAAAGCUCUUGACUGUAGUUCAAGACAGUGCUAAGGAAGCCAAAGAGCCCGCAGAUGUCGUGUACGCCUAUAUUGAAGCAGCUGAAAAGAUGUUAGUGGAUGAUGUACAAGAUAACAAGAAUAUUGGUAAAUUUGGUGCAGAUUACAUUACUAGCAAUGUAAAAGAUAAAGGUAAUAUCUGUGUGUUGACACACUGUAAUACGGGUUCCCUUGCUACGGCUGGAUGGGGUACUGCUCUGGGUAUCAUUCGUGAUCUUCAUGCCAGCGGAAAUCUGAAGCAUGCCUACUGCACUGAAACUCGGCCUUACAACCAAGGAUCUCGUUUGACUGCCUAUGAACUAGUCUAUGAAAAUAUUCCAGCCACUUUAAUAUGUGACAACAUGGCCUCUGCCUUACUGAAACAAAAUCCUGAAGUACAAGCGAUUGUUGUUGGCGCUGAUCGUGUAGCUGCCAACGGAGAUACAGCCAAUAAGAUUGGUACUUAUCAACUCGCCAUCACUGCCAAAUAUCACGGCAUUCUCUUCAUCGUGGCCGCACCCUCAACAUCUAUUGAUUUGAACACAAAGAGUGGCGCAGAUAUUGUGAUUGAACAAAGACCAGCCGAAGAACUUGUGACGGUAUCUGGCGUACGAGUUCAAGAUAAUGAACCUACAUCUAUUCGUACAGCUGCUGAACGCAUUGGCGUAUGGAAUCCUAGUUUUGACGUUACACCUAGCGAGCUUAUAUCUGCUAUUGUCACUGAAAAAGGAGUCGUCGUCAAGAAGGAUGGUGAAACGCAAUUUGAUAUGGCUGCAUUUCUCUCUAAAUAAAUAAAUACACAUGUAAUUGUAAAACGUGGGCUUUUUAUUGAGUUG